AACGGUUUCAGAUGGCGGUGAGAGAUCUCAAAGGCGCGGUAGACCUGGACCAUGCAAAUGAAAGAAACUGAAAAGUAAUUUUUGUGAUACUUUUUACUUAUCGACCGCACUUUUCCUCUCUUUAAUACUCAGUAUACUUGUGCGAAGCUUCCUAUUUCCCUUUUUUAAAGAAAUCUGGUUACUUCGGUUAUUUCAGCUACGCUAAGAACUGCAUACGAAGAAGCUAAAGUUCUGUUUCAAGCUUAUCGACGGAAACAAGGACUGUGGAAACAAAAAAGGUUCGUUGCGAGAGAAACGUUUCAGCGUCAGUUGGAACUUAUGAGGUGGAAGGUCCUGGAAGCUUCAGAGAAGCGUCGUCAAAUACUGGAAGAAGGGGAGUCGAAAAGGAACGAGGGAGCACUGCGUGAUUGGUGGCAGAGCGAGUUGUUAAAGGAGGCAGAGAGUAAACUGAAGAGGCUGGAAGUAGAAGAACAGGCUGCUCAGACUAAGAAAGUUAUUUCAGCUGAGCUAAGAACUGCAAACGAAGAAGCUGAAGUUCUGUUUCAAACUUAUCUACGGAAACAGAAAGAACUGUUGGAAAGAGAGAGAUUGUUUGAGGAUGAAAUGUUUCGGCUCGAGAGGGAGCUUUGGAGGAAGGAGGUUGUAGGACCUUUAGAGAAGCCUAGUCAAAUAUUACAGGAAGGGGAAUUGAAGAGGACCGAGGGAGUACUGCGUGAUAGGCGGCAGGGCGAGGAGGCAACGGAAGCAGCGAGUAAACUGAAGAGGGUGGAAGUAGAGGAAGAGGCCACCCAGAACAAGAAAGCUGAAGACAGCAAAGAUACCACGGCAUCAAAAAUCGUAACCGAUAAAGGAGCAUCACUGAGCGUAAAAGGCGUUAACUUGAUCUGUCCUCCUGGAGCCGUGAAAGAUCCUGUCAGAAUCCAACUUACCUUGGAAGAACCUCACAGAUACUGUUACCUGAUAGCUCGAUGUGAUCUCCACAACGAUGUGUCAUUUGUUGCUCCCAUCAUCAACUGUCAACCAAACGGCCAGAAGUUCGAAAAAUCUGUCACUCUGAGGGUUACAUUAAACAGCAAAAGAGUGGAGUCAGACGGUGAUCUCCUCGUUUUACAUGGAACUCGAACCGGUCAAAACCAAAUGAUACAUUGGGAGGACGUCACUGGUGAUUCCAGAUUUGAUUUGCAAACGCAGAAACUAGAAGUUAGGAUCAGCCAGUUUUCAUUCUUUAAAACUCUAAAGGUUUUAACAGUGGUAAACACCAAAAAAAUUGUAACCCGGCUGAACCUUAUGCCCUUCAACUAUAACUUGUCAGUCCUCCUCAAAACUAAUCAGCAGCAAAGAGCCUUUGAUGAACUUGCCCUUGUGUUCAUGAGCCAAGACACCUACCAGGAGGAAUACUACAGAGAUCAUGAUGAUUCUGCCAUAAUGCGGCUUAAAAAAGAUGGAUUUGAAGAGCUUCCUACUAACUCCACAAAUGCACAGGGAAACGUCUGCAUUUACAACAACGAAACCUUAAUAAUAUCAAUUCAACUCGGCGAGGAUUACAAACUGGUAAACAACCAGAAAGAAUGCUUUGAAGUUGUGGUGGACUCACCUGUUUGGUGGAAUACUGGACAUGCGAUCCAAUUAUCUUUACAAGCUUCUAACACGAAUUCAAAAAUUGUUUGUGGAAAGAUCCUUGUGAAAGGCGAGCAUGGACACGUUCGGGAGAGCAAGUUUUGCCAAGAAGAUCUGCGUGGCUAUGUGAGACACGUUCUUGCUGUGGAGAGAGCAAUUUUUAACGUGAAGGCCAUCGCUCAAAAGCUUGAAUUACCCGCAGAAACUCAGCAUCAAGUUGUUGCAUGUUGGCAAAGCGAGGCAGAACAACUGGAGCUUACAUUAAUACACUGGAGGGAAAAGCAUAGGGAUGCAGCAAAUCCGAAUGAUCUGAAAAAAGCCCUUGAGGACUUAGAACCUGAAGAAUACAAGGUGAAAGAGAGAGGACAAAUGCACAUCGAACACUUAAGAGAGUUGGCAUUCAAAAUCACAGGUUUACGAAAUCAGAACUCUGACCUAAUGACAUAUUUUGGUCUUGAAGUUAAGAAGCUUUGCAGCGCAGUUUUAAGAGACUGCUGUAUUGAGAACGAAACCUCCAAAGGAGAGAUGGAAUUAGCGAUUCAAACGGAGAAUUUUGCCUCCGUUCUUGUGAUGAAAAAGCGACUACCAGAGAGCUUUGGAAAAACCUGCACGCUCAUGUUCUCCUCUCAAGAGAAUGGAUUCAUUACAAGUAGUUUCCUAUGCAUCGUUUCUGAGCUCAUCCAAGCCAUUAAAGAAAUCUUCCGAGAGGAGAAAAUUCAACGAAUACCGAGUGGAUUGCAAGGAGUGGAGGAGGGGGAAACGCUCCAAAAAAUUACCUCAGGCAUUCGAGAUGCUGCUCAUGAUAAGAAUAUUUUCAAACUUUGGAAUGAGGUGUGCCAUAUUCUCGAGAUUCUGUGUCGAGCCAAUAACGAUGACCGACAAAGAGAAUCACAGAUACAACGCUGGAGAAGAUGCGCCAUGAUGAUUGAAAUGUUGUCUUUUCUGGAAAAGUUCUUUCAAUGUACUGAAGGACGUAGAUUGUACAAAAGAUUGGAAUUUUUUUCCUACCUUCUCGGAGACAUUAUGUCAAACCCUGUAGCUUUUGAGGGGAGCUUCUCCCGUGAUUUCCACAAUGUUGCAGUAAGUUUGUUGAAGUUCGCUAAGUUUGAUCCAUCACACCUUGUGCGAUUUGAACUAAAAAACCCAACUAACUCGAUAAAUUACCAGACAAAAGAUGGCAUAAAGUACGAUAUGUCGAAAGACAUGUUUUCUCAGCUCUUUGGGAUGAUCAAGAGGUGUGAUGAAAACUUGCAACUUGAGGCUACUGCACGUGUUCACAUCGGUGGACAACUUCUCGCACUUGGAGCAUUUGAAGCAAUAAUCAUCCUUCCUGAGCCAUGCAGAAAGGUUGUUGAAAAUGCUCCCAUCGCUUCAUUUCCAGUAUUAUUCAAAAGUGAAACUGACGGAGAAUCUUCGAACCUAAGAGUUACUCUGUAUUCUACGGAGAAAGACAAAAUCAGCAAGGCUCUGGAAUAUUUGCAGAUUGAGUUAGAUGGACAAUUGAGCCUCUCAAAACAAACAGAAAUUAAGGAAACCAGCCUGAAACUUUUGAACGUCGCCAAAGCAGGGACAAGCCUUAGACUACGUUUGACCCACAUAUGGGGAUCAAGGACCAUAGGUGUUGAAAGCAACAGUUUUGUGCCUCAGCCGCUGGGAUAUUCAUCUUUAGAAACUCGGAACAAUUUGGAAAUAACAGAUGAGUCUGAUCAACAAGCGAUUGGGGAAUCGUCAGUUUUACCACCUGCAGGAACAAGCAAAUACUUUGCGGAUAACAACAAAAGAGGCAACUUCAUGACUGGCCCGUCUAGUGCUGGACUAACUCCUCUCUCAACAAGGUCAACUGAAGUAAACGUUGAUAACUAUACCGAUCACCCUGUCAGCAUGGAGGGUCACGUUUGUGUGACUGUAGAGAACCUUGAUCAGCAGCACAGCGUUUUCUAGAGGCUGGACCAAGAGCUGCUACAAACAGAAUUACAACUGUUAUUGGAGAGAUUAAGUAAAUCGAUAACUUUGGAAUGAAAUUUCAUUUGCUGAGUUCUGAUGGGGAGUUGUCUAAAACUGUAGAAAUUAAAGCCAUCGUUCACAGCCGAGAAAAUAGCGACCGAUUGAAUUUUCUCGCCUUAGAAAAGUAGAUGAAGUAUUGAAGAUGACUUUAUAGUCAUAGCUAGCUGAUACAAAAACGUUUAUAUCCAUCUAUACACAUACCUUUAAUUUCCUUUUAAAAUGGUGACGGACGAUGCAUGUAUAUUGCACAUUAAAGGAACAACACCUCUUUUGUUAUUGUUCGAAGGUGAAUCAAAGACUUCGGAAAUUUUGAAACCAGCUAUUAUACUUUACUCUGUUAAUGGAAAAGAAAAGGUGUCUAUAUUUAGUAGAUAAUAUAUAAAUAAAUGUGGGGGUAGAGUCUACCUUGGCAUAAAGUGCUCAAUGCUGUGGUAGUAGAGCUAAGUAUACAUAAGUUAAAGAAUUAAAGAGGACGCAUCGAUUUUCUGUGACUCUGAGUUGGGCGCCUAAGCGCUCGUCAAACAGAAAGAGCUUAGGCGCGAAACUUAGAGUCACAGAGAAUCGAUGCGUCCUCUUUAACUCUUUGGCAUUAUAAAGCUUUGCUUUUAGGAUUCAUUAUAGUAAAGACAUGUGUUUCGAUUGCAUAGGCAUAUAGCUCUUUCCUGGUGACUAUUAUUCUAUGGAGUAAUUUGUAGUUAAAUUCUAUAGGUUUAUUUUCUUUGCAUGUUUUGCUUAUCUGAGUGAAGGCUAGGUUCAGUUAAAAUUAUCCAGGUUAAGAUCUUUUGGCCAUUUCUUUUGACCAGUGGGUUCGAUUUUGGUCGCAUUACCGUACAGCCAGUAGUAAUCUUUGCAAUUCAUUUUCGUUAAAUCUAUGACAAUGGAGUCAGAGAUUUUGUAGGAAGUGCUGCCUAAGAAAUUAUGUUUGUCGAUGGGAGGUGCGGUUCUCGCCUUCUCAAGUAGAUAUUUUGGUAUCGCUGAAAGAACUUGAAGAAAAUUUAAAAAAUUACAUUUCAUGUUAUAUCUUUGUUGGAAUGUUUGAAAUGAUAAAAAUUUUCCAUUGCAAUCGAGAAAAUCCUUAAUUGAUAAGACCGCCUUUUCUGACCAAUUUAAGUAGAAUAUUGAAUUGCCAUCGAUUUUAAUCUCCUCGUUGUUAAACAAAAGAAGAUCUGACAAGUAGUUGGGUCUGUAGAGGGUCUUUAGUUCACGAAAAUUCAUCAGGAUUUGCCUGUGAAAAGGUGGAAGGCCGGAUUUCGCCAAAACCUUAUUGUCAUAAUUACAGUGAAGGAGAAAGUUGAGAUCGCCAAACUUUUCAAUUAAGUGAUUCGGGAUUGAUUUCCAGGCCUCAGGCAAGUGAAGAUCGACUGUCAAAAGUCUUGAGAUCCAAGCUAGAUUUGAAGACUUAAAAAGGAUUUCGAUGUUCUGAGCACGUAAACCACCAUUGGAAAUAAUCUAGGUACAUAACAUCCCUUUUUAUUUUGUCUUGUUUGUCAUUCCAGAUAAAAUUGAAGAUACCACUCUUAAUCGUGGGAAUGUAGGUGUUAGGAAUUGUGAGAUGAGAAAUACCCAAACAUUUCACAAUGAGGCAUUUACCAAGUAAGGACAGGCCACGCACCCGUGUCACAUUUUCACACGGGUGGCCCACGGACCCUCCAAUUGUCCAAUUUUGUUUUCAUGUUGUCAAUUUUCCGGUCUAGGUUUUUCUUAUUCUUUUCUUUCUCUUCUUUCUCAUUGUAAAAGAUAAAAGUUCCCAGGGCUCUGACUGGAUCAGCUGUCCACUUUAGCUCGAAAGGUUUGGAGUUGUUAAAUCUCCAGGGACCUAACCAUAUAGCUUUUGUCUUUUCCACGUUUAGCGAAAGACCCGAGAAACUUCCAAAUGGAUCAAUCGGUGUUAUCGAGUUUUGUACCGAAUUUAAGUUUCUUAGAAAUAGCGCGGUGUCAUCUGCGAAUUGACUGACCUUGUGCUCUGUUUGGAAUAGCUGAAUUCCCUCUACUUUGUUAUCUUUCCUUACCUUAGCAGCCAAUAUUUCCACCCCUAAAAUAAAUAGAUACGGAGAGAGAGGGCACCCUUGUCUAACUCUCCUUGAUACUUUAAAAAAAUCUGUUGUGAAUCUAUUAUGCAAGACAGCACUUUGGGAAUUUGUAUGGAGCGUCAUAAUCCACGGUUUUAAGCAGGGUCAAAAAUUGAAAAGACUCAGAGUUUGCUGGAUGAAGUUCCAUUCUAUUGUAUCAAAGGCUUUCCUUAAGUCCAAUAAGAGGUAUACCGGCGAUAUCUUGUUGUUCUGUUUGUUCCAUUAAAUCAUUAAUCAAUCUAAUAUUUUGCCUAAUGCAUCUGUCUUUCAUGAAGCCCGUCUGACUGCUGUUAAAUACGUACGGAAGAACUUUUUCUAUUCUUAAUGCGAUGGUUUUUGGUGCAAUUUUAUAGUCUAAAUUUAAGAUUUAACAAAGUUAUAGGUCGCCAGUUUGAUAACUCGUGUAAGUCGGAAUUUUCUUUAGAGAUCAUUGCUAUUACUCCCUCAACCCCCACUCCUCGAAUACCUAAUAAUUUUGAUGAGUUCCCGUUUUAGUUUAGGGUCCUUGAUAUUGGAGUAUUUUUGGAUAGUGGUAGGGUAAUUAUUUAAUUUCCAAAGGCGUGGAGCUGGGAUCGCGCUUACUAUUUGUGAGGUUGAGGCGUAAUUUAACAGCUUUAUGUUCCGGGGCUAUUGAGAUUUUUGUACCCACUUCAGCGACUUGACAGGCGAUGGAUUUAGCGACCAGAAAAAAAUCCAUCCGUGAUUUGACUUUCGUGCGACUGAUUCGUAAGUAAAACACAGCUUUAACAAUGAGGUGAUUUAUUAUCGUCGCUGUAAGGCAUCCCUUCUUAGCUAGGUCUACCGUUGAGACCGACGUACAUUUAAGGACACUGAAUGCCUUUUUUAUGAAAGUGUCCAUUGAAUUUCAGCCGUGCAGUUUUAAAAAGCUCGUUAGAGUUGAGUUGGAGCAUCCUUAUCAAUUUGGUCCCGUUCGCUAAAAAUAGAGAUCGCAUUUAGAAAACCUAAAUUUUUUAGGACAAUAUUAUGUCUGUAUUUUGUGUAUAUUUUAUUAUGUAUCAAGAACUAUGUUCUGACAAAGUUGAGGCACUUUCCUUGUUUUAAUUUUUUCAACCUUUAAGAGAGACCUAUGGCUUUGAGUGUCACGCAAUAAGGGCAGAGGCUUGAAUCUGUCACGCUGAACACCGUGGAAAAUUAACUUUUCCAGGGGGUGGGGGUAGUGUUUGAGGAGACUGUAUGAUUAAGAUAAAAAGUGCUUUACAGGUAAAAAUAACAAAAACGCUUUAAGCUGUAUGGUUUUACUUCAAGGUUGAGAGUUCAUCACUAAAACCACAAAAAGAAA